ACUCUUUCCUUAAAGCGCAAGGAGUUCCUACUUCUAUAUGUUUGUUGACUUGCGCUGCCGGCAGUUCAGAGCCACUCUCUCUGUCUUCUGUUUUCUUAAUUCUGUUAAAAUUUUGUUUUUUAGUCUGAAUCAGAGGUUGGGUUUUGAUCAGUGAAUCUCCAUGGAAUCAUCAAGAGCUCGAAGAACCCACUUUGAGUCCUCAGAUGAAGAGAUAACUGUUUACUUGAAGCUCAUGAAAACAGUGGCCUGCAAAGUUAAACCAACUGAAACUGUAAAAAAUUUCAAAGCAUUAUUACUUGAGAAGGGAAUCAUUUCUGACAAUAUUCAGGAUCUUUUCUAUGCUGGUCAACUGCUUAAGGAUGGUGAAAAGCUAGUUGAUCAUGGUAUUAUGAGGAACUCCACUCUCCAUCUAGUUCUCCAGAAUUUUAUCGGAGUGAAAUUAUUUGUCAAAAUACCAUCAGAGCAGAGGACCAUUCUGGUGGAAGCAAGGGCUAAUGAAACUGUCCAAAGUAUCAAGUCACUGAUCCAGGCGACAGAGGGGAUUGAAUCGGAUCGGUUCUCGCUUGUCCAUGAAGGCAAACUACUUGAAGAAGAUAGGACUCUGAGCUAUCUCAAUGUAAAGAAUGAGUCAACCCUUCAUCUUGUUUUUUGCCAAAAGGAUGUGCUGUCAAUUUAUGUGAAAGCACUAACUGGAGAAGUUGUGAAACUCAAAGUUAAGGUUACAUUUACUGUGGCUGAUGUCAAAGCAAUAGUCAGGAGCAUGUUGGGUGCCUCAGAUGGCACUUUGUUCUAUUUAGGACAGCAGCUUGAGGAUUCCAAAACCUUGGCUUGUUACGACAUCAAAGAGGAAUCUACCCUAGAGAUGUUGCAUCCACUAUUUCAGAUUUUUGUUAGAACCUGGAGUGGUAGAACCUUAACUCUUGAUGUACAGCAGAGUGCUACCAUCAAAGAUGUGAAGGACAAGAUUUUUCAGAAGCUGAAGAUUCCUGUUCAUCUUCAGAGUAUUAUAUUUGCUGGAAAACGGCUAGAAGAAGGACGUGAUCUGGCCAGUUACAGCAUCCAGAAGCACUGCACUCUCUGUAUGGUUUUUGCCCCCUCAUCAACCAUUGUCCAUAUGAAAGUAAGGGAAAUUAGUGGCUAUAUAUCUCACUUCACCACUAUUCGUAGUGUGAAGGAAAUGAUACGAUUGAAAAAUGGAGUUCGAGUGAAGGAAGUACUGUAUAAAGAGGCAGCAUUGCGUGAUGACUUUUCUUUGGAACACUAUGGGAUUGGCAGGGAGGCCACAUUGGCUGUUGUCUAUUGAACACCAUGAAAGCAAAUGUGAAUCUAGUUAUUUGGACCAAAGCAUAAUAUAUCGGACUGGUAUUUGAUUGUGAAAAUUUAGGUUCUAAGUCUGCUUUUGUCUUUGUGGAUGGUAUUUGUUAUUGAUUCUUUAGUCUUGAACAAAAUUAGCUAGUUAGAAUGGUUGGCUUGAUUGUUCUAAA